AUGUCUGCAUUCAAGACUUUCGACUCUCAAAAAAUUACUGUCCCGCCUGUUCUUACUAGUUUUGUUAUUUUUGAUUCAGCUAAACCUUUUUGUGAAGAUGCUGCCGGUGCUGCCCAGCAGAUAUGCUUUUUCUAUCCACCCAAUACACCUCUUAAUGCACAGUUGAAGCAAGUGGGAUUACUGCAGGCAAUGGCUAGCUUCACCCUGACAUUUCCCGUUUCUACACCAUGUGAGGUUAUCUGCACUAGGAAAACAAAAAGUUUGAUGCUGCAAAUGGAAGAUAGAUACUGGAUUUAUGUGAAAAUGAGACUUGGCACAAGAAUCACUGUUGAAGCAAAUGGCAGAAAACUUGCCGAGUAUCUAGAUAACGAGCUUCCAAAUAAUGUGUUAUACUCUAUUUUAUCACGAUCAUAUGCCCGCUUCAAGAUGUUUUUUAAAAGCUUUAGUCAUGUUUCUAAAACAUAUACGGACUCGCCAGCUUUGUUCAAGGAUGUCAUUGAUUCAUUCUUUUCUACCUACAUUAACAGUGUGUCUAAAAUUGGCUCUUUGGAUAUUCUUUCAAGUUUAAAUGGCAUACACCGACUUCCAUUGAAAAAAUCGCUUUAUCUCAGCAUAAUCACUGCUAUCAGUGAGAUGGAAUCGUCGUUUGAUUUUAUAUCAAAAACAUGUCUUUUCUAUGGGCAUCAUUUGCUUUGGAGUGGACUAGCCAAUACUGCAGAUACGCACACGUUUUAUGACUAUAUAACUGAUCCAGAAACUGGAAAGAUCUAUGACGGUUUGGCUAUUAUCGAUAGUAAACCAAUUGUUUUGGCUUCACAUACCACGGCUAUUUCAAACUCGACAUUUAAUCCAUUUUUUAGAGCUACACAAUCGAUGCAGCGCGCAUUUUCUGGAUUCUUGGUGGGCCCCGAACAUCCUUAUACUUCAAGCAUUCCUAUUGACAUCAAAAAAGUAUAUCUUGAUGAAGAUCUGAAACCAUUUGGACUGAUCGUCUAUCAGUUCCAGGAUGAUAUUACUUUUGCCAUUUUUGUUGAUCUAUCGGAUCCUGUAAAGGCUCGAGCAUUAUUGGAUCCAGCCAUAUACACACAGCUAAAAUCUCGAUUUGAUCAGAUAUCCAUGCCGCUGCUUGAAAAACUUGUUUCUGCAUAUCAGGACUACACAAAAAACAUCACCGAGUCUCCAGAGUAUUCUUUCAAAUUCAUCACAUUCAAUUCAUUGACGCUGGCAGUCAAGCUGUCUAUUAACACUACCAAAUUACUAUCAAUUACAUCGAAUCUUGCCGUUGCCAUUGGUCAAUUGAAUGAGGAUUUGGCGAGUUCAAAAAUGGGAUUGAACGAAAUUCAGAUGAAAGUAUCCAAGGAUACAUGGAUUGUUGCUACCACCCACUAUGGUACUCGUAUAUUUCUGGUCAUUACAUAUCCAGAUGCAAAAUUGGAUUUGAUUUCAGGCAAGUAG